AUGAUGCUCUUACCCUCACUCCUAGCAGUACUGCUGUCUCUAACCACCUAUCCCUCCUUCACAUCCGCCUCCGCCUCCGCCUCCUCCUCCCUCAGAAUAACCUCCUCCAACCACUCCUUCGGCGGCGUAAACUACCCCCAACUCCAAUUCCUCACCCCCACCCACCGCGCCGCCACAAUCCGCGAAAUCAUCAAAAGCGGCGCCCGCGUAAUCCGGCUCUUCAUCCGCCCAGAUGCCCAACACCCAGAUCCAGAAGGCGACAUAGGCGGCUUCGACAAGUCGCUGCUGGAUCAAUUCGAUGACACGCUAGCAGCCAUUCACCAUCUCUCUAAAGGCCAGAUGAAAGUUAUUAUUGCUCCGCACGACGCACAUGCGCUUCGGGGUACAAACGACGUAGCCUGCGACGCCUACUGCCAGAAACUCAACGGCGCGUUCCUCGAUUUCUACAGCAACGAGGAAUAUCGCGACAUGUACAAAACACGCCUCAGCGUCUUCUUCACCCACUACCCCUCCAAGAACUUUGACGGUCGUCCCUGGAGCACCUUAUCCGAAGUCAUUCUCGGCGUCGACCUUCAAAACCAGCCUUUCUCUGGCAUUUCGCCCAUCCCCUCGGGAGAAUCCUGGCUCUGCGACAUAGCCACCCAUCUAAAAUACAGCAUCAACCUCGACGCAUCCAACAUCGCCGUCAUCAGCGGCGGCGUCUCAGGCGCCCAGUCCAUUUCCGGGACUGAGAAUUUUCCGGAUAGCGUGUUUGACUGCAAGGCUAUUGAUGUGAUUGGCAUCCAUGGGUAUUUCGAUAAAACGACAGAUAGGACGGCGGGGACGGCGUGGGCGGAUUUGUUUCUCCCCGGCAAUACGUUGAUGGGGCGGGCGGAGGGGAGGAAGAAGGGGGAGGGGAAACUUUUGCUGGUGGAGGAGUGGGGGUAUGUGCAUAGUGAGGUGUUUGGGUUGUUUUAUAAGAGGGAGGCGGUUUGGGAUGGGGGGAAUGUGUUGAAUUAUAGGGGGAUUCCUUGGUUAUACUCCCACCUAACCCCCCUCUCCGAAGCCAAAUCCUCCCGCAUAAACCCCCUCCACCCCACCUACACAACCUGGCCCGCCCUCGCCUCCAUCCUGCGCCACGCUUUCACAACCCGCAGCCCCUUCUCCUGGUCCAAAUACCUCCCCGCCCCCUACCACAUCCUCGCCCCCUCCGCCGACGAAACCACAGAAGCCUACCUUAGGUCCAUGCUCACCGGCUCCCCCGCCACCAAAGAAUGGAAACUGAAACCAGCGGGCCUGUCGAACGUCACGAGUGUGCGGUUGAACCCGUAUAUCAUCGAGCAAAGCGAGU